UGAAGGAUUUGGAAAAUUAUGCUUUUAGAGUGCUUAUCGCAAGGCCCGGCACUGGCGGAAAACUGGAUUGUUUCGCCGGCGAGGAAGUGGGGGUGCUGACGGGAAACCGGCGGAGGAGCAGCGGAAGGGGUGGGCGAGGGCUCCGCGUGGCGCCCCGCGGGGUGGCAGCGCAGCUCCCGCGAGGUCCCGCCGAAGCCGCCCCGCGGCAGCCGGGCUUUCCUCCCGCGGCCCGAGUUCUGCCUCCGGUGAGCGGCCGCGGCGGAGAUCGCGCAGCGACGGCCUUUGGACCCUCCGAAGGCACGCUCCGCCCCGGAAACACGCCCCCUGCCGCCUUGGCGCGCUUUUGAAAGUCUCUUCCCUCGCCCUGGUACGUUUCGCCGGCUCCCGGCUGCUCGCCGAGCGGGUGCUCUCGAGCGCUCCCACAGGGCCCUCAGGACGCGGUGGGAGCCCCGAGGCCGCACAGCGAUGAGGACCCGCGAGGAGGUGGACGCGACGCUCCAGAUCGCCAAGCUGAAUGCGGCCGAGCUGCUGCCGGCCGUGCACUGCCUGGGCUUCGGCCCCGGGGCCGGCGCCGCCGCCGGUGACUUCUGCCUGCUGGAGCUGGAGCCCGCGCUGUGCCAGCAGCUGGAAGCCGGGCACAGUCUUGUGAUUCGUGGUGAUAAAGAUGAGCAGGCUGUGCUGUGCAGUAAAGACAAAACAUAUGACUUGAAAAUAGCAGACACUUCCAAUAUGUUGCUUUUCAUUCCUGGUUGUAAAACUCCUGACCAGCUGAAGGCGGAAGAAACACAUUGUAACAUUAUUCAUACUGAGAUCUUUGGUUUUUCUAAUAACUAUUGGGAAUUAAGAAGAUGCAGACCUAAAUUAAAGAAGCUGAAGAAACUUUUGAUGGAAGAUGCCUACGAAGGACCUGACAGUCAAAAAGCGAAGGAUUCAAAUCAUUCAAAAUACACAACUGAAGAUUUGCUUAAUCAAAUUCAGGCAAGUGAGGAAGAAAUAAUGGCCCAAUUACAAGUUCUAAAUGCCUGUGAGAUUGAAGGUUAUUGGAGGAUUCUUGACUUUGAUUAUGAGAUGAAACUUCUGAAUCACAUAACUCAGCUUGUGGAUUCUGAAUCUUGGUCUUUUGGUAAAGUUCCUUUGAAUAUGUGCCUUCAGGAACUUGGGCCAUUGGAGCCAGAGGAAAUGAUUGAACACUGUCUUAAAUGUUAUGGAAAGAAAUACAUAGAGGAAGGUGAAGUUUAUUUUGAAUUGAGCGCUGAUAAAAUAUGCAGAGCAACAGCACAGAUGCUACUUCAGAAUGCAGUGAAAUUUAAUCUGGCUGAGUUUCAAGAAGUGUGGCAACAGAGUGUUCCUGAAGGAAUGAUAACCACGCUUGAUCAACUUAAGGGUUUAGCCUUGGUGGAUAGACAGUCAAGACCAGAAAUCAUAUUUUUGCUAAAGGUAGAUGAUCUACCUGAGGAUAAUCAAGAGCGUUUUAAUAGUCUAUUCUCUCUAAGGGAAAAGUGGACAGAAGAAGAUAUUGCUCCAUAUAUUCAAGAUUUGUGUGGAGAGAAGCAAACCAUAGGUACAUUACUCACGAAAUAUUCUCGCUCUUCAAUACAAAAUGGUGUUAAAGUUUAUAACUCAAGAAGACCCAUUUCUUAAAAGAACAACAGUCUUUCUUUGGGACUAAAGUUGCUUCAUAAAGUUGAUGGAUAUAAGAAAAAGAUUCUUUCAUGUAUUUGUAUUCCAGACUUUAAAGAACAUACUGCCUUGAGGCAUUUUUCUCCUCAUUCCUAAGCAUGUUGCAACUACUGCUCUUUUUGCCCUUAAAUGUAAUAGGAAAUUUCUGUAUCUUUCAAGUUAUGUUUGCAUUAUGCAUACAGUGUAAAGGACAAAAGAGAGUGGGGUUUACUAUAUUUAGAAUACCUAAGGAGUCUACACAUUUUUACUUAUAGAAAAAGAGUUUUGUCUUUAUAUUUGAAAUUGCAUUUAAUUAGGAUCUGAUAUUCUGAUCAUUAACAAAUUUAAAGGCUUUUUCAAAGAACUAAAUAGUAAUAGUUUCCUGGAAGAGAAAUUUAUUCAGUUAAAUGUCAUUUCUCAAGGGAUUUCUCCUCUACUUUCAACAUUCCACCAGAACAGGGAGUCGCUGGAUGUUCUGUUAUCUAAAUUAGUUGUUUUCAUUGAUGACAUUGGCUUGGUAAUAGCUCCUGUGUUGCCUGGCUGGUAUAGACAUAUGCUUUGGGAUGAAACGGAUUUGAUAUUCAAUCUUUUGUGAAGAAUGCUAAUAGAGCAGUUUAUAAUCCUAUAAUGUUGGUAAAAUUGACACAGCUAAUACUAGAAAACGCCAAGUAAUUUCUAGUUGGUUUUGGAAUGCUUGAUAAAGUUUGUUUAUAGCUUUAUUUUCCUAAUUUGUAUUCAUUUAGACCAAAGUUCAAAUUAACUUUUCCUUAGCUAAUAAACUUGUCACCAGGACAGUUUGAGGGGUUAGGCCAAAGUUAAAUCUGAUCCAAGGUUAAAAAAAAUGUUAAUCUACAAUUACCUGAGAUUUAACUGUUACUGAAAUUUACAAUUGUUCUAUUCUCUUGUACAUGAACUGCAAGUUACUGAUGGCUUCAAAAUAUUUGUCUUUCCAAUAAAUGUUUUAUUAUCA